AUGGCGUCUUCCAGCAAGGAGGUAACGCUGAUCGGUGUGUGUGACGGAUGGAUCGAUGCAAGAUCGUACCGCACGUCAUAUCUAACUAACAAAGUGGGAGGCCAGCCGGACUCGCUCCCGGUCAUCUCCCUGCCGCGUGCCCGCUGCAGCCGCUGCGGAACUCCGUUAGCUCUCGUGGUGCAGAUAUACUGCCCCCUGCAGGCGUCUCCCUAUCACAGAACUCUGCACGUGUUCGCCUGUCCCGGCGUGCAGUGCGGCGGCUCUGCAGACAGUUGGACGGUGUUCCGCUCUCAGUGUACGGAGCCGGAAGCAGCGCGGACGUCUAGGAAGCCGCUGCCGGCUCCGCAGGCUCAACAGCGCGCCACCGACUGGUGCGAAGCAGCUGACGACUGGGGGGAGGAGCAGGAGGACCCGGGAGGAGGCGGGGAGACUGACGGCUCUGGUGAAAAGGAGGAGGAAGUCAUCCACACUGAUGUUAGCAACAGGCUUGAGGACCUUCACCUGGAAGGACCAGAGGACACACCCGUCUUCUGUCCGUACUUCAUCAGUGUUAUUGAGGAGUCUGAUCUGGAGGAAGAGGAGGAUGGUUUGGCGCACGCCCAGGAGCUGCUGAGAGAGUACGAGAGGAGAGAAGGAGUGGCAGUCGGAGAGCUGAUGGGUGGCGAGGACGGCGCUGCAGAGGAGCAGUACGAGAAGACCAGGGCCAGACACGGAGACGACGUCUUCUCCAGGUUCAUGAAGAUGAUCUCGCUGUGUCCGGAACAGAUCUUGCGUUACUGCCAUGGUGGGCAGCCGCUCUUAGUCUCCCAGCUGCCAUCAGACAUGGAGCAUGUGGUUUUGGCAUGCGGCUCCUGUGGAGGCUCCAGGAUGUUUGAGCUGCAGCUGAUGCCCGCUCUGGUCAACCUGCUGCAGAGACGGGAAGGCGGAGCUCCGGCCCAACUGGAAUUCGGGACGGUGCUGGUUUAUACGUGCACAAAGAGCUGCUGGACGGUCGGCGCUUGUUCGGCUGUGGAGGAGUUCUGCUUCGUCCAGAUGGACCCAGACCAAAAGUUCUUUAAAUGACAGCAGGCAGGUUACGCUGAUCCUCACUUUGGGUGUUGGGGACGUUAAAGUUGACACCAAAGAUCAAGCUACUGUCCACACAAGAACGGUCAACAACACAACAGAUUUUGUUAACCUUGUUUUUAUUUCAACCUCUCAUUAAGUUUCUACGGCUCGCACCAAAACUGAUUGAACAGAAUUAUGUCAUCCAGC